CACGCGCAGACGCAGUCGGCUGUCCGGGCCAGCGAGGUGAGGUGGCGGCACACGCGCGGAGGCGAGUGGGGCGCGUUGGUGUGAAAUGAGCAACUCUGAAGAUGAGGACCUCCCCCAGCUCUCUUCCCAUGCCCUUGCAGCUCUGCAGGAAUUUUAUGCUGAGCAGAAACAGUACACUGACCUCGGUGGCGAUGACAAGUAUAACAUUGGAAUAAUAGAAGAGAACUGGCUGAGCCAGUUUUGGUACACUCCGGAGACCGCCCUGCGCCUUGCAGAGGAAGCCGUGGCAGCUGCUGGGGAAGGUGGCAGAAUAGCAUGUGUGAGUGCCCCCAGCGUUUACCAGAAGCUGAGAGAGCUGCACAGAGAAGACUUUUCUGUCUGUAUCUUCGAAUAUGACCACAGGUUUGCCAUAUACGGAGAGGAGUUUAUCUUCUAUGAUUACAAUAACCCAGUGGAUUUACCUGAGAAAAUUGCUGCACACAGUUUUGACAUUGUAAUAGCAGAUCCCCCCUAUCUCUCUGAGGAAUGUCUUAGAAAAACGUCGGAAACCAUCAAGUACCUGACCCGGGGCAAGAUUCUGCUGUGCACAGGUAGGUGCCGGAUUGGCAACACGCCUCCCGUGACUUUAAACAAGGCUCUUCCCCGCUCCGCACCCCAGUCGCCUAUCUGUACAGUGGGGCUGAGAUGCUGCCUGCCUCUCAGGGCUGGAGAGAAGUAAGUGGCAUGAUGCCUGGGACGCGGGGUCCGGCCCUGGGUGAGUGCACCAGGAGUGUUACUUGUACUCAUCAACGUCAGUAAUAGUAACAGUAUCUGACUCAGCCUGUACAGUUGAUAAAAGAAAUUUGGAAUCUCGGGGGUUAAAGUGGAUGCCAAAGGUCACAGAGCUAGACAUUAGAUUAGGUUUACCAAAGCUGAGAAGGAGACUUUCACACUGGUGAUGUGGAUAUAUUUUCUUAAGGUGGAUAUACUGGCAUUUGACUGAGAACGAAAACGUUAACUGCUGGUCUCCCUACUUCCGGGCAGCCUGGCAUCCAGGCCUGCUGUGUGGGCCCUGCUUCCCCCAGUGCAGUGGGUGCCGAGGACAGGCAGGGCUGGAGGGAGGAAUGGGAUUUGUCAGCCAAAGGCUGGUGUGAAUGUAUUGGUACAAGUUUGCACGAUUCGCUACUACUGAAAAAGGGGUUGUUGACUCAAAGUUGGAAAAUGGUGGCUUUUUAGUAAUUAUUUUUGCUUUCCUUAUGUUACUUUGUGGAAUAUAAUUAUUUUCUUAAUUUCUAAGUGUCUCAGCCUUGCAGAUGUAGGAAAAUUAUUUAUUAAAUGAAAAAGAAAAGGAAAAAAGUAGGUAAUUUGCAUAAAUGUUGGAGGAAGUAAAAAGGAAUAGAGAGCACUGACCUUCCCCCUGAUCGCUGAGUGGUACCGUCAACUCACCGCUUCCCGCAUCUGGUCGAGAAUACCUCCCUGGCUGGCCUGGCGGGUGUGGAGCUGAGCACGUGGCUGGUGCCUCAGUCUCCGGGUUCCUCUGGUUGUCCUCUCCAGGUGCCGUCAUGGAGGAAGAGGCAGCAAAACUUCUUGGAGUGAAGAUGUGCAAGUUUAUUCCAAAACACACUCGAACCUUGGGAAAUGAAUUUCGCUGUUACGUGAAUUAUGAUUCUGGGCUGGACUGUGAACUGUGAACGCAGCUGGUAAUACAAGGUAGUAAAGGAACCAUGUGACAUUUCCCUCUUUUUAUUUUCUUAGUAGACUGAAAAGCUACGACCUCCCCUCCUCCCUCACAAACUGGGGCUCUCCCCGGCCUAACUUUCAAGAUGAAGAAGACAUCUUGUUGUGAUUUCCUUAGUGAGGGCAUCCCUAGAGCUUGGGAUGCUUUUGCCAACUUGAAUCAGUGGAAUUAUAUUUGGAAGAAGUCAUAGAAGCAUCUAGUCUACUCUCCUCACUUAACGCAGGUAAAGAGCAGAAGUACAGGCAGCUUAGUGAUUGGCCAGGACCUUGGCCUCUGCCUGGGGCGUAUCCCGUGUGCAGGUGCCUGCGGACACCCGAGUGUGCUUUGACAGCCAUGCCGUUUGGACUUGUAGCUGAGGACGAGCAUUGUGUCCAGUUCACAACUGCCUCCCAGGAGCUCAGUGCCCAGAAGAGGGCACAUGCUCAGUAAAUAAAUAUUUGUUAAAUGGAUGAGUGUUCCAUUCAGAGAAAAAAAAUACAGGUUGCCUUUCUAGAUCUUGGAAGGGAAAGCUGAUUCUUCCAUUGGGAAUGUGUUACCUGUUAACAGCUAACGUUAGUUAAACUGAUGAUGAAUACAGUUUAUGGAAUAGCAGUGUUAUCCCCAUGCAAACCAUUUACUCUCCUUCAGUCCACUCCUCUGAUGUUUGCACUAUGUAUGUUUGAGGAGUGGCUAGAAAAUGUUACACAACAGUGGCAGUGCUUGAAAUAAUUACCCAAGGUUUGAAAGGCAAUUUUUGUUUUUAAUUCGUGGAUUUCUUUUUUGAUGUUGAUCUGAACCUUCUGUUUUCUGCACAAGAAUGUAUGCUAGAUACACCACCACUAGGCUUACCUUUUUUUUUUUUCCCAGAGGUUGAGCCCAGAAGUAAAAUUCCCCAAAUGGUAUAUAGAACUACCCACAGCUAUCAAUUUCAAUUUUGAAUUUUUUAUUUGGAAAAUAUGAAUUUUGCUCAGCAAUGUUUUCAUGCACAACCUCUGUCAAUAUUUCGUACAAACUGAAAAUUCUCGGUUGACCUUCCAUCCAGAUCAAACCAAGGCUGAUUGUAAGUAGCGGCAAAGAGCAUAUAAACAACGAUGCAGAGAGGCUGACUCUGCAGAUGAUCUUCCUAAACAUCAACCAUAAAAUUAAAGUGAAGACCUUAAUUAACAGUUUCCUCUGAAAAUUAGUGGAGCCAUCAAAGCAGAGUCCAGAGAGAAAUGCACAGCCAGCGUGCCCUUCACCUACAGUUGUUAAAGCAAGUUAAGAACUUCUUACUUUUACAAAUAAUUGUGUUCAGGGACAGACUUAAGCCUAAAGAAAAAAGUAAAGGUUUAAGCUCACGCAGUUGUAGAAGAGGACUCCGCGCCUGAUUUCUGGUAAUUGUAAGUCUGCAAGUGAAAAAAAUUUCUAAUUGUAUAAACCUGCGGCGAUUUAUAUCCUCA